AUGGCGUGCGUUACGGUUCCGGCGGCCACGGCGGAGAUGGACCGCGCCUUCGCUCUCCUGCCGGGCUUCCGCUUCCACCCCACCGACCAGGAGCUCGUCACCUGGUUCCUCAAGCGCAAGCUCCUCGGCCUCCCCAUCGACUUCGACUUCGACUUCAUCCCGGAGGUGGACGUCUACAAGUUCGAGCCGGACCAACUACCAGACAAAUCAUUCUCACCGAGCACGGGCGACCCAGGGGCAAAAGUUGAGUGGUACUUUUUUGCGCCGAGGGCCCGGAAGUACCCAACCGGCCUUCGCAUGGCGCGGGCGACAGUAAAAGGGUUCUGGAAGUCAACGGGGAAGGACCGUCCAAUCAUCCACAACGGCAUCGUAGUCGGCAUGAAGAAGACCCUUGUGUUCCACCUCGGCCGAGUGCCUGAUGGCAUGCGGACCGACUGGGUCAUGCAUGAGUAUCGCCUCCAUCCCGAUCACCGUAUCCAUGACACCUACACGCUGUGUCGGGUCUUCAACAAGAGCAUCACGACCCCAUCACCAGACCUGCUCGCUGGCGCCGACAUGGACAAGGAAGGGAUCCAGCUUGUGUCCGUUGGACCUAACAUGAACAAGGAUGAGAUGCAGACCAUGCUACGUGGCGUAAACGCAGGCAAGAAAGGGGUGCAUUCGAUGCUCAACGACGCUGACCUGGACAAGGAAGGGAUCCAGCCCAUGUCCGACGGCCCCAAUGCCAACAUGGAAGGGAACCAGCCCGUGUUCCACAACGCCAACUCGGACAAGGAAGAGAUCAAUCAUGCUUCAGGUAGCGUCGUCGUGGACAUGGAAGGGAUCCAUCCUAUGUCAGGCGGCUUCAUUGCGGACGUGGAAGGGAUACAUCCCGUGUUCGGCCACGUCGUCCCACACAACAAAGAGACCGAUCCCAUGUCAGGAGGCGUUUACGCUGGUGUGGAUUUCUCCUGGAUGCAGUUUGUGCCUGCCGACAUUUGCUACCCCAACAUCGAACUAGAUAAGGAUGACUCCUGUACGCAGCUCAUCAACGACUACUCGUGGUAA